CUUAUACAUAAAAUUCUUGAUAAAAAUGUCCAAGAGAGCACAAUUGUUAGAAAAUGAAGCUAAAAUUAGAGCACUUUGGCAGGAAACAAAAGUGUUUGAAGCUAACCUUCCAAGUAAUCGGAACAAGGAUAAGUACUUCUGUACAUUCCCAUUCCCGUAUAUGAAUGGAAGGUUACAUAUAGGACACGCAUUUAGUGUAUCUAAAGCUGAAUUCCAAGCAAGGUUUCAGAGAACUCAAGGAAAAGCCGUUUUGUGGCCAUUUGGAUUACACUGCACAGGAAUGCCAAUUAUGGCCUGUGCAGAUAAAAUUAAAAACGAAUUACACGAGUCUUCCAUUGGAUUGAUGAAUAAUCAUAAAAAUAUGGCAAACUAUGUUCAUGAGAAUGAAGAAUCUAAUGUUAAAGAUGUGACUAAAUUCACCUCGUCAAGGUCUAAAUUGAAGGCUAAAUCGGGGACUAACAUGACCCAAAUGGAGAUAAUGAAACAGAUGAACAUAAGUGAUGAGGACAUUCCAAAGUUUGCAGACCCAGACCACUGGUUAACAUACUUUUCACCUCUAGCAAUUCAGGAUAUGAAGUUAUUAGGAUUAUCAGUGGACUGGCGUCGUUCCUUCAUAACAACUGCCAGAAACCCAUACUUCAAUUUGUUCGUAGAAUGGCAAUUUGAUAGGCUUAAGAAGUUGAAUAAACUUUUAUAUGGCUGUAGACCAUCAAUUCUUAGUAGAAUCACAAUGCAGCCGUGUGCUGAUCAUGACCGUUCAGAAGGUGAAGGUGCAACAGCACAGGAAUACACAGUAGUUAAAAUGAAACUCGAUACUACACACAAGAACCCGUUUACAAAUUUUACUCCUGAGUUUGAAAAUUCUAAAGAAAAAUUAUUGCAAAAGAACGUGUAUUUAUUAGCUGCAACGCUGAGACCAGAGACUUUCUAUGGUCAGACUAACUUAUUCGUGAUACCCGAAGGAGAAUACGAAUCGUUUUUAGGUUAUGAAUCGCCUAAACUUAAUUUCAACUCCGUUGGAGUUGUAGAAAAUAAAUUAUCACUCAACAAGGCCGUGGAAGAAUCGGAGUGUAUAUACGUCACUUCACGAAGAUCUGCCACCAAUUUAAUACAUCAAGGGUUGGUGAUGUUGAAUGAGACGGAUGAGCUUUAUAGUGUACAUAAGUUUAAGGGGAUGGAACUGAUAGGACUAACUGUGAUAACACCUCUUAGUGUGUAUAAAUCAGUGCAUAUAGUUCCUAUGUUAACUGCAAAUAUGAAUAAAGGUACUGGAAUUGUAGCCUGUGUACCUUCAGACUCACCAGAUGACUACGUAGUAUUAUCCGAACUAAGGCGUAAAAUUAACUACUUCAAUGAGAAGUAUAAUGUAGCCCCGGAGUAUCUCAAGUGUGACCCGUUUCCGAUAAUUGAUGUGCCAGAUUACGGCACCUGUAUGGCUGAGAAACUUUGCACUGAAAAUAAUGUAACCUCAUCCAAAGAUGUUAAAUUAGAACAAUUAAAGGAAUUAAUAUAUAAAAAAGGGUUUUACACUGGCAUCAUCACAUACGGCAAAUACAAAAAUCAGAAGGUUGUUGAUGUGAAGAAUAAGAUAAGAGAUGAGUUAAUUGAGAAUAAGGAAGCGUUUGUAUAUUAUGAACCUUCUAAAAGAGUAGUUAGCAGAUUAGGAGAUGAAUGUGUGGUUGGGAUCUGUAACCAGUGGUAUACCAAAUUCGGAGAUAAACAAUGGAAAGAAAAUAUUCUCAACUUUGUUACUUCAAAUCAAUUCACAUGCUACAAUGAAUCAACAUACAAUCAACUACUCAACAUUAUUCAAUGGUUGGAUAACUGGGCUUGUAGUAGAUCAUAUGGACUGGGAACAUUACUACCCUGGGAGAAUAUAAAGAAUAAUAAGAAUAUUCUGAUUGAGAGUUUGUCUGACAGUACUAUUUACAUGGCGUAUUAUACAGUGGCACAUUACUUACAGUCGGAUAUCUUCGGUACUAACCCGGGACUUUUAAAUUUAUCCUCAAAACAAAUCAACUACUCACUCUUUGAUUACAUUUUCCGAAUAUCCGAUAAUUUACCGAGUUUGACCCACACUGGCCAGGGUAACCUGGAGAAUCACCGUGACGAUGUUAUGGACAAGAUAAACCGUAUGAGAGAAGAGUUUAAUUAUUGGUAUCCAGUGAAUGUGAGAUGCAGUGGAAAGGAUUUAUUGUUUAAUCACCUGACAAUGAGCUUGUUUAUACAUAAUGCGAUUUGGGAGUCCAAUGACUACAUGCCCAGAUCAUAUUUCUGUAACGGGCAUGUACUGGUAAAUUCUGAGAAAAUGAGUAAAUCUAAGGGUAACUUCCUAACAAUUGAAGAGUCGAUAAAUCAGUACACAGCUGACGGGACUAGAAUAGCAUUAGCUGAUGCCGGUGAUACUCUAGAUGACGCCAACUUCUCCAAAGAUACCGCAGAAUCCUCCAUUCUCAAGUUAUACAAUUUUCUACAAACCACUAUUCAGGAUUUGAGUAUAUCCAACACUGAGAGUUGUGUAGUUGAUGGUACAAAUAACACUGGUGUAAAUCACCACCUGGACGAUGUAGUAUUGGGAAUAAAUAUGUUAGAAUUGGAUACUAAAACCACUAAACCAAGUAUUAUGGUGGACGAACUGGAGUAUAUAAAUAAAUUAAUAGAGCUGGGAGAUUUAUAUUUAUUUAGUAAAGUGGUGUUUGAAAAUGAGUUAAAAUAUUUAACUGACAUGGCGAAGAAGGCGUAUGAAAAUUUCAUUUACCGUGACGCAUUAAAAUUCGUUUUCUAUGAUUACAUCACUGUCAGAUUAGACUACAUACAACUCUCAAACAAUAAUAUUAACCAUCAAACGCUACAAAAUUAUUAUCGAAUAUUUUGUAUAAUAGCGAAUCCGAUAAUACCGUACAUAUGUGAAUAUAUAUGGAAUUAUAUAUUAAAAGAGAAGGAACCUCUAAGUCAUCAGUUAUGGCCCCAAUUCAAAUAUCCGACCAACGGAAACUUGCACAUAUUGUUGAAGCUGUUGUAUAGAAAUAUUGAAGAGUUUAGGAAAAUUAAAGAUAAAUCAUUAUCUGGUAAACAGAAAAAUAAAUCCACAAAUGAAACCGUAUACACUAAAGCUAAAAUAUACAUCUCAGUUGACUACCCGGAGAACAUAAGGAACGUAUUGAGUUUAAUGAAUAAUAUGAACAUCUUGGAGAACAAUUUGAGUGAAAAGGAAGUGUUAAAACUAUUAAACGAGGAUGAAUCAGUGAGAAAACUUGAUAAAAAGGAGAAGAACUCAAUACUAUCAUUUGCGUCAUAUCAGUUGAAACAGCUAAACCUACUUGGAAAUACAACUUUCCAACUCAGAUUACCCUAUGACGAAUUUAAACUUUAUACACUCCUGGUUCCAUAUCUCAAACUGACACUAUCAUUACAGGAGGUUUUGGUAUUGUAUGAAGCUGAGGGGAUGAGUGAGAUGAAACAGUUAUCACUACCGGGAAGACCAUCAAUACUAUUCUACUAACUAGUUUCUAACAUUUUGUAUAUUAUUACAAGGUAUAUAGCCACAUAGUUUAAUGUUUUCUGUGUAUGGUAA